CCUCCGCGUGAAUUCAAGCAUCAACACACAGAAGAAGAAAACGGCGUGGAGAAUGAGGAAAUAACAACCGGUAAUUCGAGUGACUAUGACGGACAGCUGAGCCGGUAAGAUCACAUGUCAGAGUUGGAGUGCUCUCACCUUAGUACAUGCCGGUGACUGUCUUACAUUCAUGGCGGAGUUCGGUGAAAACAGCGGGCAUGAAACUGAAGAACCUGACGAGGUCAACGCUAGGAACGACCCGCCGGAGCUUCAGUGUGAAGCAGGUGACCCCGUGAUGACCACUGCCCGGUGUCCGGGUCUGAACCAUGAGCGGAGGAAAAAGUUGGUCCUGCAUAUCGACCUGAAUAACACCAUCCUGGUGUCUGAUGCCGUGACGGGACAGGGGACUGUGUCUGCUCUGGACAAUUUCCUCUCCACUGUCACCUGGGGGAAGAUGAACAAACAAGGUAAACUAUUCAUCCACAGCCACCCUCAUUGGGACCGUGCCGGUCACUGCUGCUGUGGUCUGCUGUCUGACAAUAGUGUUCACAGUCCUCUUUGUCGUCGCCUCUGUUGAACACACACCUGGUCUCACCUCUCUGUAUUUGGAAUUGUUUGACUACAGCCAGGACAGCCACUUUUAAAUCUGAGAUAGAAAAAGUCUCCAAAAACAAUAAAACCAGAACUGAAACUGGCAUUUAAAGCUCACGAGGGGCAGUUUCUGUUGGGUAUUAAACCUAACGAAACUAGCUGUGGUGCUUCUCUUACUAGAGCUUUAAUCGCAGUUUAUUAUAUAUAAUUAAAAUUAUAUGGGAAAAAAGAGUAUUGGCAUUUAAAGAUUCCUGACAAUAGAUAGAGACUGUGAUUUAAUGUAAUUUAUCUAGUUAAUUUUUGCAUUUGUUACUACACUGGCAUGGCCAGUUAAGAAAGAGUGAGAAAUUAAGUAAUACAAUAAAAAUAAGAAGAGUAAAAAGGGUUAAAAUAAAAUAAAGCAAGAUAAAUAAAAUAAUGAAAUAAAAAGUACAAACAGCAGGUAUACAAAGGUAUAAAUAAAGAAUUAUGCAGCACAGUUGGGACAUGGUAUGAUAAGAUAGAUAGCACCCUACUUUAUUAUCAUCUCAGGUUAUUAUAAACUAUAGUAUGAGGUAAGAUAUAGACAAUAAUAUAAGAUGUGAUUUAGCAUUAAAAGCAGACUAUAAGAUGUGGUCAUGUAGAACUAUACAGUGUGUUGAAAUACAGUGUGAAUAUAACAGUAUAGGAUGCAAUAUAACAAAUGCAUUUACUUGUAAUAUGUAUUGAAACAUAUUUAUUCAGUAUGUUCUUGUAAAGUAUGAAACAUUGUUUAAAUAUAUUGCAUAUGAUUGUAUAGAUAUGCAUAUAAUGAGAGAGUGCAGUACAGUACAGUACAGUGUUUGUACACUUUAUGUGAUUAUACAAUAUAAUAGUAAAAAUAGACACAGUAUGGUAUGAAGAUAUUUAUCUGUAUCAGGUUACAUCAGACCAGCAGAGAGUCACUGAGCGUGGGAGUGAUGGGAGACUGAGUGUAAAUACACCUGACUGUAAUAGAUAUUAAAAAAGAGAGAGGGAUGGGGUAAUUGAGGAGUACCCAAGUCUGUGGCCUGUUUUUGUUAUACACAUUUACAGGAUCAUAUUAGUUCAAUACCAAUAAACAAUUGAAAGUUUACAGAUAUAGAUUUUCAACACUAUAUUUCACAGAUCAGGAGAUCAGGUCAGCAGACGGUUGAAGACAUUUAUUGUGGCUUUGCCUUUGUAUCUAAAACUAAAGAGUAUAUCUGUCAGUUCAAGUAAGGUCAAACUCUGACAAAAAAUCCUGAAAAACAACUUCAAAUCUUACAACUGCAUGAUUUAGCAGAUAUCUUCUAUAUGCUGUUUUGUCACUCUCUUGUUGCAUUACUGCACUUACUUUAAUAGUGAGAUUGAUUCCAGUGAGAUUAUGAGUGCACCUGUAGAAGGCAAGCCCCCCAGUACACACUACCAAGAUCCUUCACUCACUCCACCUGGAUUGCAUGUCUGUAAUAAGACUAUUCAUAUAUCUUGUUUUUCCAUCCUCAUGCAGGACAGUGGGAGUGGCUGAGUGACUCACCAUCAUUGCUCCCACCCUGCGAUGAUGCUGUCAGUUACUACUGUCAGUUUGGACGAACGCCAGGUUUCACCUCUGGUGCAGGGCGACGUUUCCGUGGGGUUCUGGACCAGCAUCUGGAUCUGCUCCGCUGGCCUGAGGGAGUCAAGGUAACACAAUAAAAGAAAAAGAGAGAGACAGAGAGGAAGAGAGAGGAAGGCGAAAAUCUGCUGAAAGUAUUGCCUCUGUGAGUUGAAAUUUUAAAAAACGAAAAAUUUCUGAGGUCAACGGAAUCGACUCAAAGACUUAACUCAGAAUUAACCUCCCUUAGAAACCAAGAACUCUGUCUAUUAACUUCAUCACACGAGACAGAUCCACCCAGCUCAUCAUCAACCAUUUCUGAUCAAGUUCAGAGUUGCAUACUUGUCAGAUUUGAUACGAAACUUUAUAUGAACAUGGAGACAGGGAAUGUUUUAAAGCAGCUAAUUCCUGAGUCACUUAACCAGAAAUUCAGAUUCAAACAAACCAACAAGUGUAAAGGUAAGAAAACACUCAGAAAACAGUCAAACUCAUGCACAUUUUCUGCCUAGUAAUAUUAGCAGAGCUCCCAACACCAUACUCUGGUCCUCCUUCCUGUCUAUAAUCUGUGGUUGUUGACAUCCAGGUUGUGGAGCAUUUUUGCACAAUGGCAGUCACUGUUAAGUGUAGCAUCAAUUCCAAACACAACUUAGCCCUGACAUUUCAGGUCUACGGUUGUAAAAAUAAAAAUAAUAUGUUGUCUGACUGACUGGUAAUACUCGUGCUAAUGGCAAGGUAGCCAUCAUUUAAUCAUGACUGAAUGUGCUUAACUUUGCUGUUGACUGUUGCAUAUUCAUACAGGUAUUUGUUCCUAUUCCAUUAUUUCACAGAUAUGGGUGUGUGCUCAACGAUGUAGGUCAGCUUUUUUUAUGGCAAAGUACUUUUUAAGAUAGUGUCUGACUUGGACAGUACUCUUUGGUUAGUAAAUGCUACCUGGGCACAUAAAAACAAAUACACCAGCAUAUAUUUGACUGUUUAUUAUUAUAUAUUUCGAAAGCAAGCCUCACAGUGUGUUAAUGUGAAGCUUUGAAACCAUGCAAAAUAAUAUACCAAAAUCUUACAAUAUUGAAAUGAUGCAAUCUAUUUUACUCAAACUUUACUCAAACCUAAAAAACCCCCAAAAACCUAGAAUCAACAUAAAGCUGAAAAAGAAACAGUCACAACAGACAAUCUUAAAAUCUGGUUUCACUGAACUUUCUCUGAAUCUUUGUACUCUUACUUACUUUACAAGAGAGCGUCUCUGUACAGAGUUAGUUGGAGCAAUGGAAGCUUUCCCCACAGGGUGGAGCGGAUGGGUGCAGAGCUGAGCUUGGCAAAUGUUUCAUGAGGAUUUAACAGCUGUCUCACAGAGGGUGACACAUGAUUCAGUUGCAGAGAAGAAGGCGUGAACAUUCACGCUGUAAGCCUGGUGUAUACUUAUUAUUGAACAAGAAGGAAAAGAUCCAAAGGAUUCAGAUUGAAGGCACAUUCCUCUCCAGAUUCAAUAAACAUAUGACAGUAUUAAUCAGCUGUAAUCAGGCUGAGAGGUAAUAAAAUAAUAUCCUAAAUUCUUCUUUUUUGUUCUCCAGUUUUGUCCAAAGAAAGGCACCAAAUGAAAAGAGAAAACUCUUCAUAGGAGCUUUAAAAUCACAGCCGUUAUCUCAAAUUAAUUUACCUCCCAAAUACUGAGGGAAUUAAUUGUGGCUACAUGUGAAUAUUUCUUACUCAAUAUAGAAAUUCCUGUUUUACUCAUUGCAUGGAUUCACUGAUAUCACCUGUUGGUCUCUGAGGAGGCAUUACAGGACCAAAACGAUGGCGGCCGCUAAAUUAGAAAAAAUGACUCAACCUGACUGUUGGUCAGCCUGCACAGAGACAAAGAGGUGAAGCAAAGUUCUUCAAAGAUUUAACUCUGUUCAUCUGUCAACAGAGACAUUACCUUCACCCACAGUUACCUGUUACAAGCUAACAUUAAGAUUCACAUUGAAAUCAGCUGACAGUCUGGCCCCGUGUUGCUUCUUGGUUGCUACAUGCUGAGUUAUAAAUUCUGCAGGUUUUAAGUUAGUUCAGUUUUCUGUAAUUUUUAUUUCGUCCAUUUUCAAAUAGUCUAUUCUGAGAUUGCAUUCUCUUGCACCAGAAAAUGGCUUAUCACCAAGUUUGUGACUCACUCUGUAAGGAUGCUGCACCUGUCAGCAGAAGGCUUUUUAGGGAAGGUAAAGCUGCACUGUGCUGCCUGAUUUGAUAUGGAGGACUGCACUGCUCGUGUUUUUCCAGGGAAAAAACAUUUGGCACAGGUACAGACCAAUAAAAAAACAAUCUGUUUACCUCAGGUUCCCUCUGUGAUUAGUGAUAAUUUUGAAUGAAAUUGUGUUAUAUAAUUGAAUUUCUUAGCAUACCACCUGCUAUGCAUCUGUCAAAAAAAAAUGUUAUUCCAGAUUUUACCAUUAUAGAGUUUUUCCUGAUAGUGUGGCUCUAGUUGAUGCCCAGAGGACUUAAAGUCACCCUUUAGUCAUUCUCACAGCUCUGUUGAUAAUCAAAGCGAUAUAAAUUUAUUCUCUGAGAGUAGAGUGAGAGAGAUGUCAACCAAAUUGAAGAAAACAGUCAUGAAGCAAGGCAUAAACCCUCAUCUCACCCUGUCUGGGUCCUAUUUAGCAAAACCUUCUGCUAACUAUGUAUGAUCUGUCUCAUAAAUUCAUUCCAUCCAUCAACACUUGAGUUUUGGGCUUGUUUUGAAACAGUGUUGUUAAACUUGGUCGUGGUGUCACUCAAAGUUUCUCUGCUGCUUUUCAUGAAAUGAAAUCUUUUUCUCAACAUUUGGUAAUUACUGACUUUCUGGGCUAUAAAAUUGUAUUUCUUCUGUAUUUAUAACCUUCCUUCUUUCUUUCCAUCCUUCGUUCUUCCUUCCUUGCUCUCUUAGUCUUUAUCUUCCUCCCUUUCUUACUCAUGUUCUUCUUUCCUCCUUUUCUUUCCUUUCCUUCUCUCUUAAUCCCCCCUUCAUUCUUUCUUUACUCCCCCGUCUCUCUUUUUUCUAUCCCACCCUUCUUUCUUCCUUUCUUCCUACAUUUCUUUCUUCCUGCUCCUCUCCUCCCUCCUUGUAUCUUUUUCUUCCUUCCUCCCUCUUUACUUUCUUCCUCUUCUUAUCUCUUCCUUUCUCCCCCUCCUGUUCUCUAUCUUUACUUUCUCCCUUUCUCCCCUCCUUCCUCCCUCCCUUUCUCCCUCUUUUUCUCCUUUUCUUCUCCCCUUCAUCCUCCCUACCCCCUCACUUCCUCCCUUUCUUCCUCUUUACUCCCUCCCUCUCUCUCUCCCUUCCUUUCCUCCUUCCUUUAUUCCUCUCCCUUUAUUCCUUUCUCCCUUUCCUUUCUUCCUUCCAUUUUACUUCCUUCCUCUUUCAUCCUUCCUUCCUUUCCUCCUUCCUUUCUUCCUCUUUCUCUUCUUCUCCCUUCCUCCCUCUUUCUUUCUCCUUUUCUUCUUCCUCCCUUCUCUCCUCCUUCUACCUUCAGACUCCUUCCUUGCCUCCCUCCCCUUCUUAUUUCCAUCCCCUUUCUUUCUUUCUUUCUUUCUUUCUUUCUUUCUUUCUUUCUUUCUUUCUUUCUUUCUUUCAAGAGUUGUUCUCCUUUAUGUUAAUGUGUCUGACCUGUCCUUCCCUCUGUCCCUGCAGGGAGACAAAGACCUGGCUGUGAAAGGAGAGGACGGACGGCUGUAUCACUGGAUCCUGCCCUCCUUUUUCCAGCUCUUUAAAGACCUAGUGCAGGAAGGAUGGGACUUUGCCGUCCUUUUUCGUACAUUUGGAACAGAUCUACCUCGUGUGCUGAGCGCAGUGUCCAGAGCGCUGAAUGAAGGGGCUCACCCACAGUUCCCAGACCUGCCUGAUCUCAAGGUGCAGUGGUACCAGUUGACGUUGUGAAUUAUCUCUACACUUACAUAACAGUAAUGUUUGACUUUGUUUUGAAUCAUUUGAUCACUUGAAAGUGGUUACAGACUUCAGUAUUGUAUGACCAGUGUCCGAUAAUGCUGAGAGACUCUUUAAAGGUCUGUGCCCCAGCUCUCUUCGUGGCUGAGUUUUGUUGUUUGUUUAGAUGGUCUCUUGCGUGACAUUCAGUGGCCUUUAACAUCGACUCUAUCACCCACACACUCAGUCACACACAAGUUCACACAUGCAUGUCCUCCCUUCACUCUCCUCCCAGAGGGGUUUCCACAGAUGAGGGGAAAGGUCUGGUGGGAGAGGUGUCAGAAGUGAACCCGUCAGACAACAUGGAGUUCUUCUUCACACACCAUCCUGUCCUUCAGUUUUUGAGAUAUCUGACUCAGAAUCAGACCUAUGCACAGGACCGAGAGAUAUUUCCAUCAUGAGACCUGCUUCAAUGAUGAAGCUAAAAAGAGUACAGCAGACACAGUCUUUGUUUACAUCCUCCACCAAAAAGAGGAACAGUGAAUGAGGAGCUGUUUUCAUCCAUCAAGUUAGACACAAACCAAAAUGACACACAGGAGAUUUAAGUUAUACUCCAAGGUUGUGGAUGCUAAAUCGUUUGGUCAAUUAAACACACAUCUGUGGUAAUAAGUUGGUUGUUUAAAUAAUUAGCAUUUCUCUCAUUGUGGGUCUAAAAUGCCGGUCAUAUAAUGUGUAUAAGCUGCAGCUCUGCCAUACUGCUUUACUACCAGGAUAUAAACAAACACACAUUACAGAUAGCUUUGAUUCAUUUCACUGUUUAUUUGAUGGAGACAAAUUCCUGAGACAGUCUUUUAGAAUGUAAACAAAGUAGACGCCAUGCUUAGGUUAAAAUAUAACCAUCAGUGUCUGCAACAAACUGAAGGACUUCAACAAAGAUGGAGAUCAGCAAGAGUAGAGACAAAGCACGCUGAUACAAUCACCACAUUUUCAUGUCGACAGACUGUGUGCAUACAUAUCUUUGUAAGUGAUUGAUGAAUUGAAUUGAAACUGUACAGUUUUGAGCUUCUUGAGGAGGAACAUGAAUGAAAACAAUCUGUUCCCUCUUUUUUUUUUUUCAAAUAUAUUUUGAACUCAACCUAAAACACCAUGACGCCCAGCUCCCUUUAAAACUAUCUGCUAAAAGUCCAUCAGAACUGUGUAGUUCCUGACAUUUUAUUUAAGAUAAUCUAGUGCUGUUCUCAGAAAUUCUGCCAGAGGCCAAACUCUACCAACAUCACUAACAGAGGUUUUGGCUGCAGCUGACCACAGGAGUGCUUUUCUCUCUCUGACUCCUCUAUUCCCCUCUCUGCACAGCUAAGUGUGAAUAUGACUCCAGGCAAGAUCCGCUGCAGUAAAAGAGCGAUUGUCCUGAGCCGAGGCCAGGAUCGCGUGUCAUCUCGUGAUGGAGAGCGAGGCCUGUAUGAGUACUUCAGCUCAGUCCAGGGCUUAGGGGGAUUUCAGGACCACUAUGACUGGUGCGAGCAACACAUUUCUUGAGCUGCUUUAAGUGCGGCCGUCAUGUUCCCUAUUCCUUCAUCUGAACUUUUUUUUGUUUCAUGCGUGUUUUUUUCUUCCAGGUGGGCUAGUAAUACAUUCUCCAUCCGUGGGGGGAAGCCACUCUGGGUUGAUCCUUUUGACCAAAACGUCCAGCACAUUUUCAUAGAUGACAAUAUCCGUCAGAAUGAUGAGGAUACCAUCGUUCAGCCAAAGGUAUUAUCACUGAGACCAAACUACACUGUCCUCCUCUUGAAUCUGUAUUUUCAAAGCCUCUUAUUUCUAAUGAAGAAUGAGCAGAUUUAAAGGUACUAAAUAGGUCAACUUAUUCUGACUUACCUCAUUGAUAUUUACCUGCUCUAAUGACAAAUGUUAAUGAAAUGCACGAGACGUGUUGGAGAAUUAGUAACUUGAAGUAAAGCUUCACACUCUUUCUCACCUCUUUUCAUUGGUUUCUCUCUCUCUCUCUCUGUUUCUCAGGUUUUCUUGGACCCAGGUGGUGCCGAGACUCGCACAGCCUGCACCUCUGAGCUUUAUGACAUCACGCUGGUCCAGACUGACCUCCUGAGGGCCAUUUCUGACCCCAAAUACUUCACUCAGCAAGUCAAGAUGUGCCAGGAGAACUAUGACAGGAAUCUCCAGCAGGGGGCAGGCUAGGACUAACUUUAACCUCCCUGAAACAUGUAUGUCUAUUAGUCUGUGAAAAACCUGCAGUUAAGGUUGUCAUAAACACAGACUGUUUAAUCCGUAGCGUAGACAGAGACACAGUAGGCUGUAGUUUAGAGCGGUAUGAAGAAGAUGAGCAACUUUCUGAAAGAAGAGAGUUCAGAAAGUUUACAGAAAGACAGAGGUUACAUUAAUAACCAGUCUCACUGCAAAAUGAUGGAUGAGAAGAGUCAUAAAGUUAUUCAUAUAACUGUAUAACUCUGCACCUCUGAGGUUCAGCAGCUGACAUCCAGCAGGCGGAUCUCUAGAAAAUAAACCCAAGAAAAAUCCCUCCAUUUACCAGUCUCAGUUUAGUGUUCUUAAUACUGCUGUUACACUAGAGGCAAAGAGACCUAAGAAUCAGUUGUUGGGACGCUCAAACACACACAAAAAAGUUCAUCCCUCACCAGCUUUCCUCCUAAAACAAAAGAGUCAGUUGUGCUCCUUAACUCUGGCUGCACCACAUCUAAAGAAAUGAAUCUAGUGUCCUGUUGUUCUCAGGAAAGCGCAGCACAGAGCUGAACCCCAUUCAUUAUCCCGAGAUUAAAUGUUAUUUAUUUAUUUAUUUUUAUUUAACCAGGAAAACCUCAUUGAGAUCAAUAAUCUCAUUUACAAGAGUUUCCUGGAUGAAAUACUUGAAAAGAAAUUAUAGGACAAACUUAAACACAACCACAACUCAUCUUUGAACAAUCCAUAACAGCAGAGCAAAGAUGUGUCCUCAGCCAGGCGCAGAUACAUGGUACAGUUUGCUGUCCUGACAUGAACCUCCACAGGGUGAGUUUUGGACUCGUAACAUGUCAAAGCAGGCAGACCACACUCAUUAAUCAAAGACGCUGGAGCUAAUCAAGCUGCCGAUUAACUGGCCUAAGUCUAAAUCUGUGUCAAGAAACUAAAUUGGGGUCAGAUAUGGACCUAAACCCCUCAAGUCUUGUGUUUGUGAGCUAAUGAGUGAAAUCUAGGUUGUGGAGGUUUGGAGCUCUUUAUUUGUCUUCCUUGGGAUGGAAAGGUGUCAUGUAGCUUCUUCAAGAGCUCUUAUUUUGACUCAUCGUUUACUUUGUUUACCUCAAAAUAGAACUUAAAAGACAAACUUGAAGAUAUACAGAUGACUGAGAGAUAAUCUGAGGACUGUGUAACUGAAUACUUUUACAAUAAAAUGUUCUGUAAUCUUGAAACAUUGAGGAGAAGGAUUUAAGAUACAGUUUGAGUUAUUAAAUAUAUUACGUACAGGAUUUCUAGCAACAUACAGUAUGAUGUCUGGCUUAUUAAAGCAGUGUCAUUUCAGAGUAUUUUCCUGUCAGCACCAUCACACAUUGUUAGAUUGAACGCAGCUUUGGGAUGUUUUCCUGCAGUUAUUUGAUGCAGUUUUUAUCAUUUUAAGGACCCUUCUCUGAAACUUGAGCUGAGUAAGUUCUGUGCAGUAGUUACGGUAGUUUUGCUUUGUGGGUUUUAGGAUAACCAUUUGAAAGUUUUCAGGGAGAUGUCUAAAUGUUUUAUUCUUUGUUUCUCAGGUCAAGUUUAGACAGACUACUGAAUGCAAACAGUUUAAACAAUCUUAAGAUUAAAUACUCACAAGUUGAUUUUUGUGGAGUGAUAGAACCUGUUAUAUUUUAAACAGAGUGUUUACAUUUAUUAUUUGAGAAGAAGUAUGUUUAUCAGACAAAUGCAAAGACAAAGUAGAGAUGGAAAGUUUUGUGAGCAGUGACAUGACUGUGGUUUAAAUAGUUAAAUGGAGAGUUUUUGUGUGCAAACCUAUUAAACACGGUGCCAUCCUCCCAAAAACACAACAUAAUUUAUGUUUUUGCAGAGGAAUAUGUUGAUAAUAUCACAAUGAGAUUAAUUAAACAUGAACCUGUAUUCAGCAAUUUUGUUCCGCAGUUGUUUCUAUUGUUAUAUUGAAAAAACUUCAAUAUGAUUGUGGCAUUAUAUAUCAGCCAUCGACCCAGCUGCUGUCUAUAGGUAUCUCUCCUGAAAAACUGUCAUUACUCAGGCACUAAUUUGUACUUUCUAAUAGUUCUGUUGAUUGAUUUCAGUCAAAUCUGAAACUUACCAACUGCAGGAAGUAGCUUACACUUCAAAAUAAAUGCAUAGUUUAAUAAAACAACCUUUAGAAGGUUUAAAAAAUAUCAAAAUAAAAGCACAGUUUUGAUAAAACAACUUUGAGAAGGUUUAGGAAAAUUAGAUAAAAGCAUGACAAAUAAUCAUUUAUGAGGUUAUGUCUUAUCCAAACAAGUGUGGGGUGAUAUUGUGACAGCCUGACAUUAAAGUGAGGAAACACCCACAGACUUGAAAAAUAAACCUUUUGAUUUCGUCUUCCACAGCUUUGGCAUGGUUUUGGACCAUGAAGCAUCACAGAAUUAAUUAGAAUAAUAAACCUAAAAGUCAAGAUAGUUCAUUUCAUUUCAUCACAUCUGUUUGAUCCCUAAAUCAAAGACACAUCGCAGAUUAUGAAAGGUGAACAGAUUAAACAUAACUUUAGGUAAAAUCUUUACUCUCAAAUUCGUUCUACAUUUUUACAGCUCAACGUUAUGAUUACUUUAUUUAACCAUUUUGGGAGUUUCUCAAAGCACUGUCACAAUAGCAAAGCUUUAUGGGAAGUGGUUCAACUUUUGCACUCUGUUUAUGAGGGCUGCGUUUUAUAGUUUGCACACUGAAACUUUCCUUUUAUGGUUUAGCUCAAAUGACUGUGAAAGACUGAAUCCACACCACAUUCUUCAGUUUGUCUUUGUUUUUGACUCACAUCACAUCCAAACUUUAACAUUUUAAUUUAUUUCCUGUUGUUAACUAUAACCGUAUAAGAUACUGAAUAAACCUGUACGUUUUUUGAUGAA